AUGACUUUCUUUUUGAAAUCAUUAGAAUGUGGUGGUGGUGAUAAAAACCCGAAUUCCAAAAAGAAACAAAAAACAAUAGUUAGAGCAGCAGGAGGAGAAGUUUGGGAGGAUUCUACAUUGUUAGAAUGGGAUUCUGAUAAUUUUAGAUUAUUUUGCGGAGAUCUUGGUAAUGAGGUAACAGAUGAUAUGCUUUACAAAGCAUUCAGUAAAUAUUUAUCAAUCCAAAAAACCAAAGUGAUUCGAGACAAAAGAACGGGUUUCGCUGGUCGUAGAGAUUUUUUAUUUGUAAAUAACGACAAUAGAAUGUAUGGUGUUUUUUACAGGAAAAGAGAUAGCAGCUGGAAAAUGGCUGAUUUUGGCGCAACCUAUCAUCUGAAAUCUUGCUUGGAUCAAGAUACCCAAGUAGUAUUGGAUGUACUUUUGCUGGAAUAUUUGGCAAAAUAUAACUAA